AUGUCGUCUGGCAGAAUAUACAAGUUUAUUUUCCGCAAGGAGCAGCCUCAGUGGCUGUGGGACUUGGCACUUGAGGUUCGCCUUCCUGCCUUGUUCCUGGUGGGUGUGGUAUACGUGAACACAAAGUGCUACUACGACGCACUGAGCUCCUACCAGGCGGGCUCGCGAUGGGGCAUUACUCAAGGAAAGCUGCUAGAGCUACGCAAGCUCAACUAUAGGCACAUUAGCGUCCCGCGGUACGCGGUCAAGUACGAAUUCGAGGUUGAUGGCAAGCGAUACGUCUCCACUCGUGGCACCACCGGUUCUCCGUAUCGAAACUGGAUGGAGGGGUGGUAUGACGACACCAUCACGGAGGCGGAGUACCUCCAGGCUAUUCCGGUGCUUCGCGUUGGUGAGCGAUGCAGCGUUUUCUAUGACAAGAAGAACCCCAAAGCACAUUCUGCACUGGCGCAGGAUGCCAACUCGUUCGAGAUUUCCUUUCUGGGCUUCUUGGCCUUCUUUCCGCUGCUCAUGGGCCACUACAUGAAGGCCCAUUUUUGGAUGCUUCGAAAGGCUUACAUGCCCAACAAGAAGAUACGUGUCCGCUUUCCAGUGUACGACCAUCCGAAGCCACCCCCGCCACCGCCAAAAGAACCUCGACAUAUAUCGCAGUCGCCCCCAAAGAGCUGA